AUGACCAGCUCACAGAAACGAGUCGGGCUCAUCGGCCUUUCUGCCAAAGGAUCCUGGGCGUCUCGCUCUCAUCUCCCCCACCUCCAACGUACCCCCCCCUACACCAUCACCGCCCUCCAAAACAGCUCUCUCGACUCAGCAAAAGCAUCCGCCAAACGGUACUCUCUAGACUCCGUCUCCACCCACGACUCCCCUACUUCAGUUGCUCAAGAUCCCAACGUAGACAUCAUAGCCGUCAGCGUCAAUGUGCCCCUACACUACGAACUCAUCCGUCCCGCUCUCGAAGCAGGGAAAGACGUUUUCUCCGAAUGGCCCUUAGCCCGGAACCUGAAAGAAGCAGAGGAAUUGACGGCCUUGGCUAAGCAGAAGGGCGUUAGAACCAUGGUGGGCUUGCAAGCCCGUCAAAAUCCAUCGAUUUUGAAAGCAAAGGAGAUUGUUGAGUCGGGGAAGCUGGGAAAGAUCCUAGGGACGACGAUGUUCGGUCAUGGUAUGAUAUUCGGUGGCUCAAUCUUCCCCUCCUAUCUAUACAUGCUCCCAGUCGAAGCGGGCGCAAACAUCCUUACCAUUCCCUUCGGUCACGCUGUCGACGCCCUCUGCUACGUCUUCUCCAGUGAACUCCGCUCCAUCUCCGCGGUGCUAUCAAAUCAUUACCCAGAAAUUGAGUUGGUCGACGAGACGACCUACCAACCCCAGGGUGAGAAGAAGAGCAAGACUUCCCACGACUUUGUUUCAAUGACCGCGAAACUUGUCAACGGGGGUGGGAACGUCGAUGUAAGUUAUGCCCCAGGUUUAUCGCGUAGUGGACGAGAUUUCUACUGGGAGAUUAUUGGGUCGGAGGGUACACUUGUGUUGGAAGGACCAAAGAUGGGUGGACAUGUGCAGAUGUUCCAGCCUACUGUUAAGAUCGCGCUAGGUCAGGAAGAACUCAAGGAAAUCGAAGUGGAGAAGGCUGAGGAUACAUCGUUCAAUGUGGGGAGGGCUUGGGAUGCAUGGGCUGGAGAGGGGAAAGGAAAUGUUACUACGUGGGAGGAUGCUGUUGUUAGGCAUAAGAUGAUCGAGGCGAUUUAUCGCAGUGCGGAGAAGGGGACAAGGGAGGAUUAUGUGUAG